AGAGAGAAGAGAGAGCGAGAGUCGGUGGGAGAGAGAAAGGGAGAAGAAGAGGAGGAGGAGGAGGGGAGGAGGGGGUGAGAGGCAGGAGAGGAGGAGGGGAGGUGGGGGUGAGAGGCAGGAGAGGAGGAGGGGAGGAGGGGGUGAGAGACAGGAGAGGUGGAGGGUGGAAGAGACUCGAGCCGCCCGUCCAGCUGCCAGUCAGACGCGCCGGGCGGUCGAAGAAGGUACACGCCCGCGACUACCAGCGAUUCCUCUUCCCUUCCGCCUCCACCGCCAUCGCCUCGCCCUCCUCGGGGCCUGCAGCGCCAUGAGCACCUGGACGCUCGUCUGGGAGGGAGGAUAGGCCCCCGGGGGAGCCACUGCCGGUGAAGGAGACGGAAGAACGAGCGGCAUCUUCGGUAUUGAGGGACGUCACUUCAUUGCUUGGUUCGUUAAAGUGUUAUUCGGUGACUUAAGUGUUCAGUGAUUGUUCCCGCCGCCAAAGGAAGCAAGAACCCGACUUGAGAACCUGCUGAAGACUUGUGGAAGGCGAAAAGAAGAGUGAUAUAUACAUCCACUUCGUUCAUUGGUUCGUUUACGUGUUAUUCGGCGACUCAAGUGUUAGUGAAUUGUUCCCGCUGCCACAAGAAGCGAGAACCCAGCUUAGGAACCUGCCGAAGACUUGUGGGAGGAGAAAAGAGGACUGGUAGAAACAUCCAUUUCAUUUUUAGAGACGAGCAGUUCGUUCUUUAGUUCGUUUUGUGCCAUUUUCUGUUACUCAGUGUUCAUGACGGCUCACGACGGCGACACGGGUGAAGGUUCAGCUUGAUGUUACUGUGCAGAGCGAGAGGGAGACCGAUACACAAGCAGUGACUACAAAAAGGGAGACGGACGGUUUGUUCUUCAGUUCGUUUGAUGUUUUCUCCACGACUCGGUGCUUGUGACUCCUCUGGAAGGCAACCCCGACGAAAAACCGACUUGAGGACCUACUUAGGACUCCUGGAAAGCUAGCAAGAGACGAAGAUACAAACAGGAGUCUCGAAAUAAAAGGACAGUUUGUUUUUUUACUUCGCUUGUAUUUUGGGCGACCGAAUGUAAACGACAGAACCCGGUGGCGACAUGGGCGAGAAUCUGACUUAACAAGCAAGUGCAAAGCGAAACGGAGAUACAAACAGCAACUCCGGGGUAAGAGAAUGACAUUUUAGUCUUUAGUUCUCGCGUCCUUUCCGUAGAGCGAGUGUUCACGACUUUUAUGUGCGGUAAAAACGGGUGAAUAUACAACUUAAAUCUAGUGCAAAACACGUUAAGCGGAUUUUACGGCGAACGAGGUUAGUCUUGGGUACAUUCUGGUGUAUAUAAGGACAUGUAGAAGCCACCUCAGACCUCCUCCGGGACGUGAAUAAGACCAACAAGUGUGAGUGAUGUAAAAAGUGCGACUGCGACAGACUCCCCAAGAGCCCACCAGCGCCCCAACCAGUCAGGCACCACACAGACACUCACCAUUCCGACCCUCCUGUACAGUUCCGUAGCCCCGUCUAGUCCACGCACGGUAGGUUUAAUGUUAGCAAUCGCGUUUUAAUAGACCGUGACCUCUCCCUAAUCUGUCUGGCGCAUCGUCGGCGUGCAGGCAGUUCACUUCGUCGUGUGUAUAGCAUCAAGGAGCCCCACAACCACUCCCCCGUGACCCCGACCGCCCAGCCCAGCCCAGCCCAGCCCUGCCCCGUCACCCCAACCAAGCCGCUACACUUCUCACGUCACAUCGCUGCUCCUUUUUGGUGUUCCGUGUCGUGUGUUUGUGUCCGAUAUGUUUCAGUGUUAGUGACUCCCCCCGAACCCUAAACUAACUCGUCCUUCCCCGACUAAAGGAGGAAGGAAACGAAAAUUGGAACCCAUUUACAGACCCAAGGUUGCGAUUUACGUAGAAGACACAGUAAAGAAGGAAGGAAAAUAAACUUUGGAACUCAUUUACAGACCCAAAGUUGCGAUUUACAUAGGACAAGACGCGCAGUAAAGGAGGAAAAGAAACAAAACUUCGAUUCAACUUACAGACUCAAGGUUGCAAUACACAUAGGACGAGGAGCACAGUCACACACACGCUUAUGCACUUUGACCCCGACUCUCCUCGCUGUUCUGUGUGUUACGUGCGUGUGUCGUAAACCGUAAUAUUAGCGUUAAGAACUCCUGCUCCCACACCACACACACCAAACACGAACACACUCAAAACGUUACUUAGCAUACAAGGUGUUCGGCGGCAAAUGUUCCUGACGUACUAAAUAUCAAAAUCGUGAGAAACUCUUCGUGUUGUUGUAUUCUAAGGGGAUGACACGCCUUCAAAGGACAAACCGGGGAUAAAAAACACAUACAAAAAAGGACGUUACGUGUUGUGUUAUAAGGUUAGGACGCGCCUGGAAGAAUCAAACAACACAGAGUUAAGGAGACAUUGCACUGUCGGCGUAAGUGCUAUCAAAGGGACCCAACGUUGCCCCCAAACCCAAAAAACGUUACGAGUUGGUCUUAAGGAGAGGACGCAUCUGAAAGAGUAACACAGCAAACAGACUGACGGAGACAUUUUACCGUGGGCGUUUAGUGUUUUCAAAGGAGCCCAACGCUGUCCCCUUCAUCCCCCACCCCCCAAACCACAUCCCCCGCCCACCCCACGCCCGGAAGGCCCCACUCAACACACCGCCGGAGGGAGAAACACGCCCCCCCUUCAGAAACAGUCAAAUAGCUUAGAACUAGAACAGUGCAACACAAAGCAACACUCACCAGGGCGGAGAACACUGCCGACCACCACUUGAAGGAGUACAAACGAGGCUUCCGGGGCGCUUAAAACCUUACCUGAAACGAAGCAUCAAAAAGAGGUGUAGCCGCCAGCAUGACCCUCCAGCACGCCGCUCACCUGGUGCUACUCGCCCACCUCCUCACCUGCCCAGUGUUCCCGGUGUGGGCGGCAGGUGGGCUGUGGGCGUGGGAGAGGGCCGCCCGCCACGUGGUUCCCGAGCCCACCGUGCCGGGACCCACCCUGCCGCCCGUGUUCGACCCCCGGGUGUCCAACAACGUCACGGUCACGGCUACCAAGACGGCGAGGCUCUCCUGCGUCGUGCACAACCUCGGCAACAACUCGGUGUCUUGGAUCCGGCACCGCGAUUUGCACAUCCUGUCGGUGGGUUCGCAGACCUACACGAGUGACGACAGGUUCGAGGCGGUGCCCCAGGCCGCUAAGGGGGACUGGAUGCUGAGUAUCAAGUACGCCCUCCCGCGGGACUCCGGCCAAUACGACUGCCAGGUGUCCUCCACGCCCCCCACUGCCCGUACCGUGCACCUCACUGUUAUCGAGCCCCGGGCAAAGAUCCUGCGGGCCCCUGAGAUGCACGUGGGCCUGGGCUCCCCUAUCAACCUGACCUGCGUCGUCGCCUACUCCCCCGAGCCCCCGGACUACCUGCACUGGUACCACAAGGAGAAGAUGGUACGCAAGGACGGGGAUCGGGUAUCAGUGCGGACCAAGCUGGGCCGCCGAAGCCUCAGUCAGCUGGUGGUGAAGCGCGCCCGCCCAGCAGACGCGGGCGUGUACACCUGCAGCCCCGCCCACGCCCUCGAGCACUCCAUCACCGUGCACGUCCUCACAGGGGAGUACCCGGCCGCCAUGCAGGGGGGUUCCUCCGUCACCUGCGCGGGCCGCCGUCGCUGGGCCCUGCUGCUCACCGCCCUCGUCACCCUGUCCACCUCGGUCUUACUAACCUAUUUUUAUAUGUAAAUAACAAUGUUUUACAGAAAUAC